UUAUUACCCCCUGGUCACAUCAAGCCAGGGGUGGACUGACCAUUUGGAAACUCGGCACUGCCCGAGGGCCCGGGGUCAGUAAGGGGCCCCAUGAGAUGCCCCUGGUACCUUUUUCAUAGGCUUUUUUGAGUUUAGGCAAGGACAUGGGCCCCAUGAUCCCCUAUUGCCCGGGGGCCCAUGAGUUGUCAGUCCGCCCCUGCAUCAAGCCCGACUUUGAAAUCAUGCAACUUACAGAGCAAGCUCUCAAAAUCCACUCUUCUGUUGUAUCA